UUCCGAUGUCAUUCGUCGCCCGCCAUGUCUUCCCACCGAUUCCGUCGCUUCCGCGCUCAUACUUUCUGGGCCACCACAAAUCUGGUCUCUCUAAGAUGAAGCAACUGCUCACAUCCAUCGACCUCGUGAUCGAAUGUCGCGACUACCGAGUGCCGCUCACCUCGCGCAACCCGCUCUUCGAGAAAGCCCUUGAAGGCAAAGAACGCAUCAUCGUUUACACGAAGCGCGACCUCGGCGGCGGACCGCGCGAUCAGAAGAAUGAAGAGUUGAUUCGCGGAUGGCACAAGGGAAGCACAGUCAUGUUCGUGCGCAACGGCGAAGAAGAGAAGGAGAGCCGAAAAGCAACCGGCAAAGUCCUUGAGGUACUGCGUGAACACGCCGAGAAGAGGUGGAAGCUCGUCGGCCAUCGCGUCAUGGUCGUCGGCAUGCCCAACGUCGGCAAAUCCACGCUCCUCAACGCUCUGCGCGGAUUAGGUCUGGGCAAGGGCAAAGUUGCGCGCACCGGUGCGCAACCUGGUGUUACGAGAAAAGUCGGCAGUGGGGUCAAGAUUAUACCCAGCGAGGACGAUGUGAGUGUGGGGAAGGGUGAGAGGGGUGUGGGUGGUGGUGUGUAUCUUUUGGAUACACCUGGUGUUUUCAUCCCGUAUGUGCCUGAUGCUGAGGCGAUGAUGAAGUUGGCGCUUUGUGGGAGCGUGAAGGACACCAUUAUUCCGCCUGUUAUGCUCGCGGAUUAUCUCCUUUUCCACGUCAAUCUUGUUGAUCCUACGCUGUACGCUGAGUUUGCGCCGGGCCCGACGAAUGAUAUUGUUGAGCUUUUGGAGUUGAUGGCCCGCAAGACGGGGAGGUUGGGGAAAGGAGGCAAGGUGGAUCAUGAAGCGACGAGUCUGUGGAUGAUUCAGAAGUGGAGGAGGGGUGAGUUUGGGAGGUUUGGGUUUGACAAGAUCGAUGAGGAGUCGCUGAUCAAGGCGAGGCAAGACGAAGAGGGUGCGCAGCCAAGCAUGAAUCAGGCGCGGAAGAUGGAGAGGGAGAGGAGGAGGGCGAGGAAUAUUGCCAGAGGGGAGAACUGAGAUGGAUGCAGUGAGGUACAUCGGCAUGACACAGAGAGCAGAGGAGUUGGUUGAGCCACAUGAAGGUCCACCAUUGUAACAUCAGACUGUUUUCAAACCCACCACGCCCAUCCGUG